AUGCGCAACAGUGAGUACCACAAUCACUUCAUACAAGUUUUCAGCUAUCAGAUUUCGUUUUAUCAGCUACAACAAACCGACAAACGAGAAGAUGAGCGAGGCAACGAUAACGCGAAGAGUGGACGUGCAAUCCAAUGCGUGAACGCCGCUAGAAGGGCGCAGGGUUACAGACAACGAGCAGAUACGCUGCUGGGGUGUGAAGAAUGGGCCAAGGUUACCCAAAUCGUGUCCAAGUACUCGGCAUUUCGCAUGGAACCGCGUUCCGUAUCGCGUGUCCCAGUUUUCCGGACGGAGAUACGUCGUCUCGACGAGCAAUGGCGACGUUUAGGGGGCUACGGAGGCGUAAACGGAGUCAGAACACGCUACACGAUCAAGAUUCGCAAUCACUCCCUCGGAAGCCUUAAAAAGCAAACGUCUACACGAGGCAAGGUGACCCAAAUACUCGGCACUUCGCAUGGAGCCACGUUUUGGGUUGCAUGUACCAGUUUUACGGACGGCGACACGUCUUCCCGAGGCUUCAAACGAGCAAUGGCAUUGUUUUGGGGGCGUCAACGGAGCCAGGACACGCUGAACCAUGAAGUUGCGCAUUCACUCUCUCGGAAGACUUCGAAAGUCAACGUCUACACAUGGGGAGGUGAAUCAAAUCCUUUCCAAGUACUCGACACUUCUCAUGGAGCAUUCUGGAUUCGUGCUUUGACUCUGUCGACGCCUCAAACAUCGCCAUUGUUGAUUCAAAGUGCGGAGACGACGUAUCUCGACCCGAAAGAGCGGAACACGCCUUCGGACAAAGGGAAACGUCUACAUGAGAACUCCAGCGUUCCGACGACGAACAACAACAGAGUGAUGUCAACAACACAGAUUGACCCCUGCGGCGCCUGGGAUGGCGAGGAACGCAUAUACACGCGUCCGGUGGACGCAAGAAUGAAGGACAGCUACAGGCGACCAAGAACUUCGCACCGCCCCUCCCUUGAGACAAGGUGUAAGUACACACCUCUGACCUUCUUCGAACACCUCUACAAAAGUUCCACAUAA